UUAACGAUAUCAACGAGUGCCGAGCGGGUGUACGCAUGCUCGACGUCACUCGCUCCUUCCCUUCAGGAACUGCAUCGUGCAGGAACGAUGCUUGGCGAGUGACGCCGCGGCGGACAAAUGCAGCUCGCGAGGACCCACCACCCUUCCGCCGCUUUUAGCAUUGUGAUCACUUUGUGAUCCGGCGUCGAGGACGGAGCGGUACUGCACGAAAGAGACGAGGCGAAAAUGAGGGAGAAUGAUAGAGCCACGUUAUGUUUCUUAUUGAUAUUUGCACUAUGCUCGAGAGUUUACUCAGCGAACGCCAGACAUAUAAUCACCAAGCGGAAUUACAGCGAUCAAAGUGUAAGAGGAUAUCUGGCAGAGAGAACCUGUUGGUGGAACGAGGUGUGCAAGGAAGAAUUUCACAGUAAGUUCCGAUGUCGUUGCCCGAGGUGGUCCUAUUGCCGUGCACCAGGAAGAUAUUAUGACGCACAUUGCAGUAUGACACGCACAGGCUAUAUAUGGACUCAACCGGAAACGUCGUUAAGCCUUGAAAUCGAUAAAUAAAUGGUGCUAUCCUGUGCGCCAAAAAAA